AUGGCGAUCGUCGAGCGACGGAACAUGGCGGCGACGUACGCGACGCUGUGCGAGCGGUUCGCGUGGCGCGCGGACGCGGCGCUGACGGCGAAGAUGGCGGACGCGAACGCGAAGCGGUUGGGAGAGAUCGAAGCGAAGAUCGAAGACGCGAAGGAAAAUCUCGGGGACGUGGAGAUACGGGACGCGAUGUGCGAGCGGGCGGAGUUUUACGCGAGCGUGGGGGAGAUGGAGAAGAGCGAACGGGCGUACGAGGAGACGGAGGCGAAGACGGCGUCGAUCGGGCAAAAGAUGGACUGCGCGUUCGCGCUGAUGCGCGCGCGGUUUUCGAGGUUGGAGCUGCACGAGGUGAAGAAAUUGAUCGAAAAGAUUAAGGAUAUGCUGGAUCAACCGGGCGGGGGGGAUUGGGAACGAAAGAACCGGUUGAAGGUGUACGAAGGGUUGCACGCGGUGGCGACGAGGAAUUUUGAAACGGCGACAAAGCUGUUUUUGGACUCGUUGAGCACGUUCACGUCGUACGAGCUGUUGUCGUACGAUGAUUUCGUGUUCUACACCGUCGUCUGCGCCGUGGUUUCGCUGCCGCGCACCGAACUCAAGGCGAAGGUGAUCGAUUCGCCCGAGGUGUUGAGCGUGCUCAACCGAUUGCCCGGUCUCGGCGACUUUUUAAACGCCCUGCACAAGUGUGAUUAUCGCACCUUCAUGUCGGCGUUCCCCGUCGUCGCCGCGCAAGUGGAAAAGUCGGUGUGGAUGAAUCCCCAUUUCAGGUACUUUUUGCGCGAGGUGCGCGUCGUGGCGUACGCGCAAUAUUUGCAAAGCUACAAGAGCGUGACGGUGAAGAGCAUGGCGGAUAGUUUCAACGUGAGCGAAGACUUUAUCGAUCGCGAGCUCUCGCACUUCAUCGUUUCUGGUAGAUUGAACUGCAAGAUUGACAAGGUUUCGGGGGUGUUACAAACCAACCGACCGGACUUGAAGAACUCGCUGUACCAAACUUUGAUCAAGGACGGCGACGCACUGUUGAACAACGUAUCCAAACUCUCUCGAGUGAUAGAUCUUUAG